AGUCGCUUAAAAUCUAUUUGCUUGCGUGUUUGAAUUGAGACAAAUGUAGACCGUGGGAAAAGUGUGUAAUCAGCGGAGCGCGACUAGUAGCGUAUUUAUUUAAGGUUCGGUUAAAAUGUGGCAGUUCUAAAAAUAAACUGCUCCCGUUUAACAAGAUAUUGUGCUCGUAAACAAGUGUGAUAAGCCCCAGCACUCCUAUUAUAUAAUAAUAAAAAGUUAAAUAUUUACACACAAAAUAAAUGUCGCACGCCCUGUCUGCUGAUCCGCCGCAGCCAACACUUAAUCAAGUAACUGCCCAGAAAUAUCUACCCACGCCUCAUAACCAACAAUCUCAGCAGCAAUUGCCAACAUGUACCUGGGCACUGAAGUACCCAGAAUUGCAGAAAGCCUGUUUUUUGGCACGCAUAUGUGAGGAGAGGCCUCCUCUCCACUGUCAGCUGCGCAAUGUAUCUGUUAUCCUACAAGAGGGGCCCACCUGUGGGCUCACUGCACUAAGCAUGCUUGUGGGCGGGACUCCUACAGCACACGAGCUCUUGCAGGUGGCAAGGGAGCUCCAAUAUACCAACAAUGGCGAGAUGUUUAGUGCACAAAAUUUAUUCAAACUUAUAUGUGAUACUCUUGAAUCGGCAAAUUGCACGGCGGCCUACGCGAUAAAUACAUUAAAAGAAAGCACGAAUGCUACGUCGACGGCGAAAACGAUUGCCAAGGAAUGCAAGAAUGUGUUGGCGGCAGCGGAAUGUGAAUUGCAUCAAGGUCCACUCGACUGUGCCAAGGUCAGAGCAGCACUAGAAGCAGGCGCUUGUGUUUUUGUUCCGUAUCCUUUUCAAACGAAUUUUAUUACAGCGUUGGUAAGCCGUUAAGGCAUUUGUAACAUUUUAAAACGAAAUGUUAAGUUACUCCUUACAUAAUUUUUAGAAAAUAGGUUAUUACAUUUCAUUCGAGAUUUGU